CUCUCCCGGCGCCACGACGAUGUGGUUGGUUCCUCUAUUUCUUUUGCAUCUUCGACGACGGUCAUUCCACACCUAACACGCCAUGGCGACAUCUCUGAUCGUGCCAUUGGCAUACAUCUCAGUCUUGGUGACGUCUCUGGCAAUCUUCUCUCGCGUCUACAGGCGGCGGAAAGCAGCCGCCGUCAAAUCAUGGGAGCCAUGGUUUCCAAAACACCCAGCAAGAGACACCUACAUCUCGCUCGUCACAGCCUCUCAACCUGACCCUUCCUCCUCUACCCCGAAUCAAGUCCCUCUUUCCAUCCUCAAAUCGGCUCUCCUGGUCCGAGCGACGGCAGACGUCAAGCGAAUCUGGCGCAUAAGAGAUGACAAGAUGGCUCUGGCAUCAUUACACAACAGAGGUCUCGUAGGGGACGAUACGAUGGCUAGAUUCGCUGCGGCUGAAAAGGAAUUAGAAGCGGAGAUCGUUGACGUGGUCUCUGAAGCCAAUACCUUUAGACAAGGUUGGGGUCAAAUGAUCUUUCAGACUGCCACGGAGAUGGCUCAGGCAGAACGAACGAGAGAAGUCGUGUUGAACAUUCCACGAGUCAAAGUGAUGGAAGAUCGAAAGCUCGCCCAUCGACGUAAAUACGUCCCUGGACCAGCUGUCAGUCACGCCGCAACGCCGGUCAACACCCCGGCAAAACCCAACGCUGCGGCGGCCAUAACGAUGGCGGCGGCAAAUGCCAUCACUCCUUCGCGCCAGAGUCCAGCGCCUUCUUUACCCGACGUAGAGGCUUCACCGGCCGAGAUCAAAUCCGGCGGUUCGUCUGGAGCUUCCACACCCGCCAAGUAAGAAGAAAAAGGGGAAGAAAUAGAUUGAUGUCAAUGUAUGCAACUGCCACGACAUACUGCUUGGACCCAGUCACUCCCUCGUCGUUAUGACGAAUCCAAUCAUUCGCGCCGUUAUAUGACAUGUAUGACGCAAAGAGAGCGAGGAAGAGAACACAGACACCACUACUGCACACAAAAACUGUUCGUCUCGUUCUCUAUCCCCUAUCUCAUCACAAUACCCUUCUCCGCAUUCACCUUGUUUGGCCUCCUAUCCGGGUGAUCUAAUCCCAAUG